AUGGCCGUCAGGUCGCCGUUGUCUAUACUAUCGUAUCAAGAUACUUCCAGUCCGUAUGCUGGAUCCGACCACAUGUCUCUCGAAGGGUCCCCUUUUCCGAGUGCGAGGAAUUCGAAUUACUCGACCUCAGCUUCUGAUCCGCUGGGCGCAACAGAAGCGCAAACCUCCCCCAACAAACAAGAUGCGGAGACCGUGGAUACUUCGGCGGUGUCGAUUCGCCAAACUGCUGUGUCGCAGUCUGGAUUGACGAUCCAAACUGAAUACAUGCAGCAAGUUGAGAUCACCAACAGAUCCGACGAGGAUGAACCUCCUCAGUCGGUCAUCCAUGCGCCGCCGGGAUUUGGGGACUUUGCAGAUAUGCAAGCUGAUGAGGUAGCUGCCAGAAAGGUCCAGGAAGGUACUUCCAACCCCCCCACUCACCAAACCUGGAGCGUGAAGGGUGUCGGUACUAAACCGGUGGACGUUGCAAAGGUCGGGAACAGUCCCAUAUCACCGCCACCUUUAUCGACCAACGUCACGCCUGCAAAGGAUUGGUCUGAAAGGGCAACACCCCGUGCACAGACGCGACAUGAAUUUGAGGAUUCGGAACGACGUACGCGUUCAAGCAGUUUAGAAGAUAUUCCAGAAGGCAAUUUCGGGCAUAAAGCUAUUGAAAUCAAUGCAUUGCGAGCAGCUCUGACAGAAUGCUGGACAUUGUGUAACACUCUGGCUAGUCUAAGUUAUAUAAAUCGAGAACGGGUCUCCCGGUCGCACGAGGACGACGUCCAGGAGGAUGCUUGGAGGUCCUGCUGGAGGCUUUGUCAAAAGUUGUAUGACACGCGCGAUGAGGAUUACACACCCCAAGUCAACCCGACUCUCGAUCUCUGUCGAGACUUCUGUCAGGCUCUGUUCGAAGUCCGCGUGUAUGACAACGAUCUCGCAGACUCGGUUCUACGGGUAAGCUUCGAACUCAAUAAUCACCUCUUCAAUACGCACGACCGCAAUCUCCCGGAUGCUUUUCGAGAACGGACGUUGGAUUUCUAUAUAACCCUGUGUCAUCGCCUCAUGAAACAACGAGUGCGUUUGACCGAGACCGAUUCUCUACUUAGCGCCUGCUGGACACUGGCCGAGAUGCUCUUUAGUAUGCGCCAAAGUAAGCGAGAAGGGAAAGUCUUGGAUGAGGAAAUUCUGGGGUCUGCGGUGCAGGCCUGCUGGGAGCUUUGUGACAUCUUCCGUGAGGGCUGGACUCUGCAUAACAUGCGUAGUUCGGACCGAGGAACACCACGACCCAGCCAAACGACAUUUGCCCAAGCAUUCCAGCAGGCGACCCAGCAGGCCGAACUUGAGCUCGCGGAUGACGCGCUGGGCCAAGUUGGAAACCCUGAGACGCCAACGACGAUCUUCGAAGACACGGCUACUGUCUCUCCUGAUGAAGCACCAGUCCCAAACAUCCUCGUCCUUGGGCAUGGAAAUGGUCAUGCCUCUCACUCCUCGCAUUCUAAAUGGCCCUCAAGUGCAUCGAGUAUAUCGGAGAAGUCUCGGUCAUCUGGACAGACCGCUUCGUCUGCCAACUCUGUGACAACCAUAUCCGAAGAUCCCAACUUCACCCGGCUGAAAGUGCUCAUCACAAAGGCUGCUAUCGAUAGUGGGUAUCAGCGCGGCGGUCCGCAGAAUUUGUCCUCGUUUGUAAAAUCGCUCCCCUCGGAUGCCUUCGGCUUGAUCCCGUGGCAAACAUCGCUGUUGAAGAACUAUCGGAAGCUAGUGUCGUUUGAUCCCGCCUUCAGAAACGCUGGCUACCAGGCUCGCGUCAGCGCCAUCGAGGUUGCACACGCCUGUCAAGCAAUGGUGCAAAGCGGACAGUACUCGUGGCUGCGAGAUCUUUACCGGCUCGUCUUCGGCUUCCAUGUGGAUGAGGCAAUGGGCCGUAAGAGUGUGAUCAUCCAAACCUAA